UCCAGGUCUCACAUGUGGAAAAUAGUUUUUUUCUCUUCUGUCGAAGAAGUUUUUGAGUAGUUGUGUUUUUCAAACUUUCAUUGAAUCUCUUUUGUCAGCUUUGUAAAGUUUAGCCUCCCUGCAGUGUGUGUCGAGCUUUCUAUGGACCCUCCCUUGUUCCUUCCUCAAAUUACACAGGAAGUUAUCAUAGUGAGCAGAAGUGGAGUUUAUACGUAACUGUGAACGUUACAUAAAGGCACUUUAGUGCAGGUCUCCUUGUGCAACUUCCACAGAUCGCAGACGGACAGGAACCUGGGACAAGCACUCAGACAGCCAGGUUACAAAGAUAGAAAGGCGGCAGACCCAAACACAUUUUAGAGCGACUGAAGCACUCAGGCUGCAGGAGGGACUUCUGGGAGAUUCUUCUUCUUGGGUUUCAGGUGUUGGAGAAAGAAAAGGACUACACCAAAAUUCCUGGAGACAAGACAGAGAAAAUUAAAGAUUUACCUGGAUGUGUACGCGGUGAUAGUGGGACUGAAUUUGAACCAGUUGGCAAUUUGGAAGACAAACCCACUGUGAAUGUUUGACAGAAGGCCAGCAGAGAGAGGAGCUGCAUAAGAGCAAAAAAGAAACACGUCCAGUUUCAUCUUCUUUUGGUCCUUGAUUGUCUAAAGGACGUUUUCUUAGUGUUAGUCAUGUCGCAGAAGGAGGAAGAGUUGACCUAUGAAGUGGCCAUAGAGAAGGCCACGGCCUCACUCACCCGCUUCCCUCUCAUCCCAGUCAGAGGGAUUCCUCUCAUGAGCUACAUCGCCCAGAACUGGGACUCUAUCUGGGCUUUCCGUCCGGACCCCUCAGACCUCCUCAUCGCCACCUACCCUAAAGCAGGGACCACGUGGACUCAGGAGAUAGUUGACCUGCUUUUUCACAACGGAGACACUGAGGCCUGCAAACGAGCCCCGACACCCGUCCGCAGUCCUUUCCUGGAGAUCUUUUCACCUCCACCUAUCCCGUCAGGCCUCGAGCUUCUCGAAAAAAUGGAUCCCCCGAGAAUUAUCAAAACACAUCUUCCUUUUCAGCUGGUGCCGCCCGGAUUUUGGGAAAACAAGUGCAAGGCUAUCUACGUGGCACGCAACGCUAAAGACAAUAUGGUGAGCUACUUCCACUUUGACGGUAUGAACAAGACCCAGCCUGAGCCCGGACCCUGGGAGGGGUAUAUACACAAGUUCAUGAGAGGAGAGUUGUCCUGGGGCUCAUGGUACGAUCAUGUGAAAGGUUACUGGGUGGAGAGAGAGAGGAGGAACAUCCUCUACAUUUUCUAUGAAGACAUGAAAGAGAAUCCUCGACGGGAGGUGGAGCGCAUCAUGCGGUACCUGGACCUGUCGCUCUCUGAUGAGGUCGUCAGUCGAAUCGUGGAGUUCACUUCUUUUAAGAACAUGAAGGAGAACCCGAUGGCCAACUACUCCUGCAUCCCAAAAAGUGUUUUUGAUCAGUCUGUCUCUCCGUUCAUGAGAAAAGGUGAAGUGGGCGAUUGGACAAACCAUUUCACAGCCGAGCAAUCGAAGAUGUUUGAUGAUGAUUAUGAGAAGCAAAUGAAGGGAGCCAACAUACCAUUCAGGACCCAGAUCUAACAGGUUUCAUUGGCUUUCCUGAGUUUAUUCAGCUCUGCAAACCAAUGACUAAAUAACUGACUCUUUGCAGUGAAGGAAAUAUUACAUAUGCUGUGAAUUAAAUCAAAAUAGUAAAUAUGAACAAUGAAUUUGUUGUCAUGUCUUAAUGUCUGGAAGUUAAACACUUGACAUCAAUGCACUUUAAAGGAUCAAUAAAAAUGUGCUCCAAAAAAGUC